GCAGUGAAUGAAAAGAAGGACUUAGACUGACGACCAACUGUGUCAGGCUCCAUUCUGCCAACCUCUCUGAUAACCGGCAUCUUCUCUUGGAUACUUCAUACGUGCUGCUUUUUAUUGCAAAUACUACACAAUGAGUGGCGACCAUGGUUAUAAAGACUAUCAGAUGGACUCUGGUGCUCGUAUCAAUGACUCUCACAAACACAAGGACAAACACAGAGACAAGGAGCAUAAACACAAAGACCACAAGAAAGACAGGGAGAGGGAGAAAUCCAAGCACAGCAACAGUGAUCACAGAGACCCUUCAGAGAAGAAGCACAGAGAUAGAGACAGAGAGCGAGAGCGAGAAAAAGAGAAGGUGAAGCCGAAAGAUGACAGCCUGGAGAAGCACAAGGACAAAGAGAAGAGACGGGAGGAAAAGAUGAAGUCCCAUAGUGCAGACGGCAAACACAAGAGGGAGAAGGAGAAUGGAUUUGCGAGCCCUCCGCGCAUUAAACUUGAAACAGAGGACAAUGGCUUCCACCACUCCCCCAAGCAUGAGAAGUCAGUGAAGAGGCAGUAUGAUGAUGGAGAGGCGGAAUUUAAACCUAAAAAAGUCAAGGUGGAGGUUGAGAAAAAGGCAAAGAAGAGGAAACAUGAGGACUAUUAUGAAGACGAGGAAGAGGAAGAGGAUGUUAAACCCAAAAAAAAGACGAAAGACAAGAAACAAGAGACAGCUGGUGGGAAAAAGAAGGUGAAGAAAGAGCCGGAGGAGAAAUGGAAAUGGUGGGAGGAGGAGAGAGCCACAGACGGAUCCAAAUGGAGGUUUCUAGAACACAAAGGCCCCGUGUUUGCUCCUCCCUACGAACCUCUUCCCGGACAUGUCAGAUUUUAUUACGACGGGAAGCCUUUCAAGCUGGCCACCGCCGCGGAGGAGGUGGCCACAUUCUUUGCCAAAAUGCUCGAUCAUGAGUACACCACUAAAGACGUUUUCAGGAAGAACUUUUUCAAAGACUGGAAAAAGGAAAUGACGUCGGAGGAGAAGGCAAAGCUCACAGAUCUGAACAAGUGUGACUUCAAUGAGAUGAAUGAGUACUUUAAGGCUCAGUCAGAAGCCAGGAAGCAGAUGACGAAAGACGAGAAACUGAAAAUCAAACUAGAGAACGAGAGGAUCCUAGAGGAGUACGGCUUCUGCGUGAUGGAUAACCACCGCGAGCGCAUCGGCAACUUCCGCAUCGAGCCCCCGGGACUAUUCCGUGGCCGCGGCAACCAUCCCAAAAUGGGGAUGCUGAAGCGCCGCAUCCGUCCACAGGAUGUCAUCAUCAACUGCAGCAAGGACUCCAAACACCCCAAGCCGCCUCACGGCAGUAAGUGGAAGGACGUUCGUUUUGACAACAAGGUGACGUGGCUGGCUUCUUGGACGGAGAACAUCCAGGGCUCCAUCAAAUACAUCAUGCUCAACCCCAGCUCCAGGAUCAAGGGUGAGAAGGACUGGCAGAAGUACGAGACGGCGCGGCGGUUGAAGAGCUGUGUGGAGCGCCUCCGGACCCAGUACCGCGAGGACUGGAAGUCCAAAGAGAUGAGGAUCCGACAGCGGGCCGUGGCUCUCUAUUUCAUCGACAAGCUGGCCCUGAGAGCAGGCAAUGAGAAGGAGGAUGGCGAGACGGCCGACACGGUGGGCUGCUGCUCGCUGCGUGUGGAGCACAUCAAGGUUUACGCCGAGCUGGACGGCCAGGAGUACGUGGUGGAGUUCGACUUCCUGGGGAAGGACUCCAUCCGCUACUACAACAAGAUCCCUGUGGAGAAGAGGGUAUUUAAAAACCUUCAACUUUUUCUGGAGAACAAGCAGCCUGAAGAUGACCUCUUCGACAGGCUCAAUACCUCCAUCCUGAACAAGCACCUGCAGGAGCUGAUGGACGGGCUGACGGCCAAAGUGUUCCGUACCUACAACGCCUCCAUCACCCUCCAGCAGCAGCUGAAGGAGCUCACCUGCGCCGAUGACAACGAUCCAGCUAAGAUCCUUUCCUACAACCGAGCCAACAGAGCUGUUGCUUUACUGUGUAACCACCAGAGGGCGCCACCUAAGACCUUUGAGAAAACCAUGCAAAACCUUCAGACCAAAAUUGAUGAAAAGAAGAAACAGCUCUCAUCUACCAAGAAGGAGUUUAAGGCGGCCAAGGCAGAUGCAAAGUCUCUUCAUGAUGACAAAAGCAGAAAAGCCGUGGAAACCAAGAAGAAGGCUGUGCAGAGGAUAGAGGAGCAGCUGAUGAAGCUGGAGGUGCAGGCCACGGACCGCGAGGAGAACAAGCAGAUCGCCCUCGGCACCUCCAAGCUCAACUACCUGGACCCGCGCAUCUCCGUAGCCUGGUGUAAGAAGUAUAACAUCCCCUUGGAGAAGGUCUACAACAAAACCCAACGUGAGAAGUUUGCUUGGGCCAUCGACAUGGCAGAAGACGACUUUGAAUUUUAAAGCUCUCUCUCUCUCUCUCUCUUUCUCUCUCUCUCUCUCUGACUGUGUCUUUCCCUCAUUCUUAUCUGUUUUUUAAAACCUCAAGUCCUUGCAUUCAAUCUAAUUGCAGAAAUGUACAUUUUUAGCGUUAAUGAUUUCACCAUGUGUGUGUCUUCACAAGAAAAGAAUGGGUGUGUGUUGGGGGGGGGGGGGGGGGCAUGGGAAAACUGGGAGGGGUCAGUUAGGUAAAGAGCAGAAAAAAACUACAAAGGAUUCACUGAGACCACCCUCUUUACAGUUCAGCGAGGAUCAACAUAACUUUAUUUGCCCCGGAGGGGAAGUAUCUGCCUAAAUGACUGAUUUAGUGAUACCAGGUGACUUGUCUGCUAUCAAGCUUUUAAUGAUGCACAGCUAUUAUGUUUGCUGUAUAAUUUAUGAGCCUUUCACACCUUCUGAAGCUACUCUGUGUUGUCGUCUUGCUGUACCCAUCAGAUGAACUCUAUAUUUUCAUAGAAAAGUGAAAAAUAACAAGUGACAAUAACUCCUUAAAAGACUGCACCCACACGCCUUUGUCUGUGAGAGAGCGCUUGGUCAGAGCCGUGUGUGUGUGGCGCUGCGAGGAUCCUCUGUGGCCAGAGUGUGAGCUGGGGACUGGUAGCUCGGCCACAGGCCUGAAUGGUGGGGAUGAGUAAGAGAAGGCAAUGGAACUCGGCCGUGUGACAAGCAGACUGAAUGUGCAUUUCCUACCACGUGGCUAUUAUUUUAUUUUUAAUAAUUUUUUUAUUUAUGUUUUUUUCUUUUCUUUUUUUUUUGCUUCACAUGUUCUAUCAGGGACAUUGGAUUUCUUAUUUUAUGUUUUGUUUUUCUCUCCAGUAUGCCUUCACAUGUGAUAAAAGAUGGAAUCAUCUAAAACUUAAAUGGUCAUUCUGGCACAAGGUGUGCCCAUAUGAUGUUUUAUUCCUUUUUGAUUAUUUGCUGUUAUCCUACCUUAAUCACCCAGGUCCUCACCUUAAGACUGUAUCAUAGCAUAAGACUAUCUCUUUAUGAACUCUCUCUCGUCCCAUAAUUGUCAAACAACUGUGUGUGAGGGGUAUGAAUUUGCCAAAAUACAAGAAAACACCCAGAAUUAUGAUAUCUACCAUUAAGUUAAUAUUUUGGAUGUUUAUUUUUUUGUAUCUGUAUGGAAUUGUAAAGCAAUUAUCCUUUACUCUGAAAGCUUUUCAGUGUGAAUACCGAGAUCCUGCACUUAUUUCGGCAUAGGAAAGUAUUAUUGUAGGAUGCUAAUGUUAAUGUUUUUAACCCUAUAGCCUUAGUACAACACUUGUUUCGUUUGUAUUCCAUUUUUUGACACUUUAGGUUAUUUAAAAAUAAAAAUGAACCCAUGACUCCCAUAAA